CGUUUAAUAUUGUUGACGACAGGGCACUGUUGCUGUUCACCAACUCCUUAACAUCAGCUUUUCACAAACAGACAUUCAGCUUUAGGUGGGCCAUGUUAUGCAUUUGUGGGAAAUAAACUAGAACAAAAUGGUCCUGCACAUUUAAGGAAACGGUAAUGCCAUAGAGAAAGGAGGCACUGCCAAGUCUCCUCCACUGGGGAGGAGAGCAUUCCUCAGAAAUGGCAACUGAACUCCAUGAGACUAUUUUCGUGGCCAAGCAGGAGCGCUACAAAAUGCUGUUUCUUAACUACAGAAACCUGAAUAAUUUCCCCGUAGAAUUGCUAAAAGAUGAAGGACUACAGUUUCUGGAGAGGCUGUACAUGAAGAGGAACUCACUAACAACACUGCCUGACAAUCUUGCUCAGAAGCUCCCAAAUCUAAUUGAACUGUAUCUGCAUUCAAAUAACAUAGUCAUUAUUCCUGAAGCUAUUGGAAACCUGGCCAGGCUGCAGUCAUUGGACCUGAGCAAUAAUGCCCUCCAGUUCCUCUGUCCAGAGAUCGGCCGACUGAGGUCUCUACGGCACCUGAUGUUGUCUAAUAACCAGCUGAAAUGUCUUCCUCCAGAGAUCGGAGCUCUGCAGGACCUGGAGACUCUGGACGUGUCAAGGAACCAGCUGACGUCUCUACCAGACCGGCUGCACCGCUGUGCUUCUCUGCAGAAUCUGAUAGCAGACCACAACCUGCUGAGCCACAUUCCCCGGCAGCUCUGCUGGCUCCACCGCCUCAACCAGCUCUCCAUGGCCGCCAACAGGCUGACCUUUCUGCCACUCGAUCUGGGCAGAUCACGAGAGCUGCAGUUUGUGUUUGUGGACAACAAUGGCGAUCUAAAAGGCCUUCCUUCAUACCUGUACAACAAGGUCAUCGGCUGCAGCGGGUGCGGCGUAUCAGCCCAGGUGUUGGAGGGCGACCUGGGUGAGGUGCUGGGUGAGGCGCUGAGCGAGGCUCUGGUCGGGCUUCCAGCUGAGGUGAAUGUUGUGGGCUCGGAGACGGAUAACGUGGUUCCUCUGGAGGAGCUCGCCAUGAGAACCCUGCACCGCAUCUACCACGACCGGCCAACAGACCUCAACUUGCCUCCCAUCAGCCUCCCAAAGAGCCUGCUGGACCUGCUGCAGUUCCCUCUGGGACACUGCCACCGCUGCAGUCAAACCAUGUUCACCAUCAUCUAUCCCAAACUCUUCCCCCUCCGUGACACCGCGCUGGCAGGAGUGCACCGCAGGACGACUGUGAGCUUUGUGGCCUAUUGCUGCUCCAGUCGCUGCCUCCGGACCUUUGACCUGCAGGGAUGAGUUGUUUUCUUCACCCUGAACACAUUUGCUCGGGAGCUGUUGAGUGGUUUCCAGGAGGUGGCAGAUAGCAGCCUGCAGUUGGUGUGGAUCUAAAGGUCUGUGAGUACUUGACUGACAAUAGAAACGUCCACAGAGAAGCCUUCUCUGUGGAUGUUUGUCGGCGAACUUGGUCUCACAGGAAUCCGUGAAAUA